AUGCACGAUAUUUGUCUUAUUGCUGUGGUCUGGGCUUAUUCUGUUAUCGGAGGGUAUGGCCAAGUGAUGAGAAUGAAUACAGAGUAUACCUGGGUACCAGGAUAUGGUCCAACUUUGCUUGGUUAUCAGUCUCUCAUGAGUCAGCUACGAUCAAGGGUACAGAGCGAAACUUUCGCCCUAUACUUGAGGAGGAAUCCAAGGACUGGUCAAACAGUGGGAGAGCUCCUUCUUGGCGGUGGUGAUCCGAGCCUGUAUGUGGGACCCCUACGUUAUGCCCAGCUCAGAGACCCGCAAGAGUUUGCUGUCACGCUCGAUACUUUGCAAGUUGGUAGUGGAAUUAUGACUAUUGGUAUCAAUGGAGCUGCCAGUGUGGACACUGGUUCACAAGCUUUGUUUGUCCCUCCCCUAUACAUGGAUGGGUUAAAGAAGGAAAUUCUUGCACAAGCCUCCGCAGCUGCCAGGACAAGCAUUCGGUGCAGAGAUAUUCCAGGGCGUGAUGCCUGCCUGUUCGACUGUGCCUAUAGGAGGCUCUUCCCGGUCCUAACAUUGGGCCUGAAUCGAAAUGGUGACAUCCCUUUACUUAUCAAUAACAUGCUCUACACCCAUGAGAUAGCAGGGGUAUGCAGCCUUAUGGUUGCGCCUACACCGGGAGACACAUGGUUGUUACCGGACUUUGUCGUGGUCGACAAUUACUUCGAAUUUCAGCCGAGUCAAGGGCGAAUUGGGAUCGCUAAAAUUCGCCCUCAUUAA